AUGCUCCAGACCAGUAACUACAGCCUGGUGCUGUCCCUGCAGUUCCUGCUGCUGUCCUAUGACCUCUUUGUCAACUCCUUCUCCGAGCUGCUCCGGGCGGCCCCCGUCAUCCAGCUGGUGCUCUUCAUCAUCCAGGAUAUUGCGAUCCUCUUCAACAUCAUCAUCAUUUUCCUCAUGUUCUUCAACACCUUCGUCUUCCAGGCUGGCCUGGUCAACCUCCUGUUCCGUAAGUUCAAAGGCACCAUCAUCCUGGCGGCUGUGUACUUCGCCCUCAGCAUCUCCCUUCACAUCUGGGUCAUGAACUUACGCUGGAAAGACUCCAACCGCUUUGUCUGGACAGAUGGACUUCAGACGCUCUUUGUAUCCCAGAGGCUAGCGGCAGUGUUGUACUAUUACUUCUACAAACGGACAGCUGUGCGGCUGGGCGAUCCUCGCUUCUACCAGGACUCCGCGUGGCUGCGCAGGGAGUUCACGCAGGUCCGAAGGUGACCUGUCAC